AUGAAACGUCAAUAUAAAACAAGAAACAAUGUUGACGAAAUUAAAAGGAAGCUCCAUUCAACUAUUUAUACAACUUCAGAAUUACUACCACGGAAUGAACUUCUAUCACAAACGGAGCAAAUGAGAGGAUCAAUAAUGGCAACUCCAAGUCCAAUUAACCGAUUAGGAGAAGAUUAUCCAGAACAAAAAGAAGAUAAAUUACCUAUAAUGGCUUCAAUUAGUAAUAAUACAGACAGUUCUUCAGAACAACGCUUAUCAGUGAUAUCUUCCUCUAAAGGAUUAAGAGAUUCACAAGUGCAACAAUUUGAUUUAAUAGAUAAUAAUAAUGAUUCCGGUAAUGAAAUUACGAAUGAAAUUGAUGAAGAGAUUUACAAAGCAAUAAAUGAAGAUAAAAUUGAAAUAGAAUCAUUGGCUUCAUGUGGUUCGGAUACGAUAGAUUUGAGACCUUUAGAAUCACCUAAUUGGGAUGAAUUUUCAGCUGACCUUCAGUAUAGAGGAGAAUAUGUUUGGCAAGUUAGUGUAUGGGAUCCCAACGAAUUUACACUUAAUUUACAUUGUGGAAUAUCACCUGUUCACAUUGGAAUCAUAAUACUCAUGCAACCCGAUUAUUGGAUCUAUUAUAUCGGAUUAUUAAUACUCUUAACUUUUCAAAUGUAUAUAAAUAUCAAUAAAUAUGCAUCAUUGGUUAAAGAUAGGCAAGCGAUAUAUGGAGAAGUUCAAAGAGUAUAUGAUGCAAAAUUUGUUAAGGGAAAGAAUAAAGUUCCUAUCACGAAACAAUCCAUUUCAACACAAACCAAUGCAUUUGAUGCAUUUGAUAUAAACAUGGCACAAAAUGAUCAAGAAAUGAAUCAAUUAUUUAUGAAUUUUCGAGAUAUAGAUCCAUGGGCGAAUGAUUCUACUAAUUCAUCAACGGUAGAUUAA